UCGGAAACUAUUAGGCUAAGGAAAGAAAAAAACACGCCCUUCUCACUUGCCCUCUCUUCUUCCUCUUCUUCUCCGAGCGCGCUGUGCACCCGGAGAAGAAGAGCGGCGGUCGGCGGAGGCGGCUUCUAGGGUUUCCAGACCGUGCGGAAUUCCUCAGUGUAUUUAAAGUGCCCAAAAUGGUUGCACAGGAAUUCACAGUGGACUUGAGUAAGCCUCUCGUCUUUCAGGUCGGUCAUCUUGGGGAAGCUUACCAGGAAUGGAUUCACCAGCCCAUUGUUAGCAAGGAAGGUCCACGAUUUUUUGCAAAUGACUUCUUGGAGUUCCUAACAUGCACUGUAUGGUGGGCGGUCCCAGCCAUAUGGCUGCCUGUUGUCUGCUGGUUUGUGACCAUGUCUAUAAGAAUGGGCCAUACAAUCCCUGAAGUAGCUCUGAUGGUUGGGACUGGAGUCUUUCUGUGGACACUGAUUGAAUAUACUCUCCAUCGCUUCCUUUUCCACAUGAAAACAAAAACUUACUGGGCAAAUACAGCACAUUAUCUUCUACAUGGAUGCCAUCAUAAGCACCCAAUGGAUGGACUCCGCCUUGUUUUUCCUCCUGCUGCUGCAGCUAUUCUAUGUGUGCUGUUCUGGAAUCUGGUUAAACUUUUUGCAACCCCAUCCACUGCCCCUGCCUUAUUUGGAGGUGGUCUUUUGGGUUAUGUUAUGUAUGAUUGCACUCACUAUUAUCUUCACCAUGGACAGCCGUCCAAAAAUCCAGUUAGAAAUCUCAAGCUGGAUCAUAUGAACCACCACUUCAGAGUUCAGAACAAGGGUUUUGGGAUAACUUCUAAACUAUGGGACAUCGUGUUUGGGACAUUGCCUCCGUCACAAAUCUCUGGGAAGACCAGUUGAUUUUUUUUGCUCAAUAGCUCAAGGUCUUGUAAUUUAUCAAGGGGAGGCUCACCGUUGCAUAUCUGAAAUGAUUUUGGUUUUAUGAUUGUACUAUUGUUAGUUAUGGUGCCAGCUUUGCCAGUUUUUUGUAUCCCUAUUUUUCUUUUAUGUGCAAUUCUUUCUUGCAGAUCGCCUGCAAGAUUUGGCUGGCCAUUUUUAUGGAUUCUAUGAAAUGAGUUCAGUAUAGAUACUCCUAUUCCCAUGUUUGGGAUCCUUGACUGUCUGUACCCAAGCAUUACUUGUUAAGACUUUCUUUUGUGAUGCGCACUCCAUGGUAUAACAGAUUACCUUUGUGAUA